CAGUUUUCUCAGUGGGUUGACGCAGUUGUGUUUGUAUACAAUGUGACCAAUGAGACGAGCUUCAACACAAUUUACACGUACUAUGCCAAGAUGGGACUCUAUCGACACAUGAUAGAUGUCCCAAUAUUCCUCAUUGCCUCACGAGAUGGAGUCUCGAACAGCAAUCCGAGAAUCAUUUCAGAAGCGAAGGGACUGAAGAUGGCAAAUGAUUUGAAAAAUUGUCACUACUUUGAAGUCUGCUCUGAGAACGGCUUCAAUGUGGAGUUGGUCUUUCAUGAAGCUUGUCAGAAGAUUUUAACAAGUCGGCAGGCGCCCACAUCAUCUUCGUCAUUAUCACUUUCUUCCACAAAUUAUCAAGCUCCAAUGAAUUCACUGCACCGAGGCUCGAACAAGGCCUUCCACACUCAACUAUCCUCUCCCGUCAACAUUUCAUCAUCUGCCUUGUCUGCAUCUUCAUAUUCCUCAUAUGAUGACGUAAGCAAGGAUUUUGUUGCCACCCCCAACACAACGCCCACACCCAGCCGGAAGAACAACAGGAGAAGAUCAAAUAUUUUCACUAGUAAAAAAGAUUGUGACGACAAAAAGUUGCGAAAUGGUGAUGCUAAGUUGGGUAGUGGUCGUGUUAUCCCCAUCAAGCAGGGUUGGUUAUAUAAGAAGAGCAGCAAGCCACUAAGCAAGGACUGGCAGAAGAAGUAUGUAACUCUUCUGGAUGAUGGAAGGAUGACCUACCACUCCUCACUCCACGAUUAUAUGGAGAAUAGUCAUGGGAAGGAGAUCAAACUGGGUGAAACGACGGUGAAGAUACCGGGACAGGGACCUCGCGGCUCAGGACUUACCAGGACAAACAACAACAAUAUUGCCGGCUGCCAUAUUUCAAGACAUUCAGAAGCAAAUAAUUUCAUGUCUCCCGCUUGCGUUUUGAACUCCGUAUCGACGGGCACAAGUGUGUCAUCGUCGACCACAACCAUUCCUCCGAAGCUCGAAACUCCCAUCAACAAGAAGAAGCACCGGAGAAUUAAGAGUAAUUCCAGAAAUUUCGAUGGAUCCGAAUCUUCUGAAUAUGGUUACGAGUUCGCCAUUGUGUCUCUGGACAACAAGCAGUGGCUCUUUGAGGCUUGCAGUCUGGAGGAAAGGGAGGAAUGGAUUAUUGCAGUUGAGCAGCAAAUACUUAGCAGUCUGCAACAGAAUCGAAGCUCCAAGGCUCAAAUAACAAGCAGUGCCAACAUCGCAGUCAUACAUGCAGUUCGAAACGUGUCAGGGAACAACGAAUGCGCAGAUUGUGCUGCUCCAAAUCCUGAAUGGGCAAGUUUGAACUUGGGAGCUCUCAUAUGUAUAGAAUGCUCUGGAAUUCAUCGCAAUCUCGGCACACAUCUGUCCAGGGUUCGGUCUCUCGAACUAGAUGAAUGGCCACCAAAUCUCGUUGAGGUGAUGACAUCUAUCGGUAAUGACCUCCUCAAUUCUGUUUAUGAGGCCAACGCUAUUGGUUGUAAGAAACCUAAUCCUACAUCUUCGAGAGAGGAGAAGGAUAAGUGGAUACGAAUGAAGUACGAAUUGAAGAAUUAUCUACCUCCACUUCCAUUCGAAGGUGUUCCUAUACAGCAGCAACUGAUGGAUGCAGUGGCAUGCAACAACGUCCACAACUUAAUUUUGGUGUUGGCCUACUGCUCUCCCAACGACGUCAACACUCCAUACAACAGCACCACCGACACCAGAACCGCCCUCCAUAUUGCGGCAGCUUUUGGCAAAAUCAUUCUCGUGCAGUUGCUUCUCUGGUACGGUGCCAACCCAGAUUUAGUUGACCAUGAAAAUCACACUCCCUCGUUCUAUGCAAGAGAGCACAAAGCUUUCGAGUGCCUCAAAAUACUUGAGAUGGUCACAUCUCAAUGAUAAGCUUCGACAUUUUACUACUCGUUUUAACAUUUUUUUGAAAAAUUUAAACAACAUCCAUUCUUUCAGGCCAUAUUGUUACGAUGUUUAGUUUGUCGUUACUCUCUCAUUCAGUCGUUCAUUUAUAUUUUUCUAUAUUUUUUAAAAGUUGAUAUGAUAUCUUGUAUAUGGAUAAUAUUUUAAAGAUAUACUUUUAACGUAUAAAUAAUUAAGUUAUUUGUAAAUGUAAUUAUUCUUAUCCAUUCUUUCAGCAGUUUUUUUGUUUCGUUAUUUAUUUUAUAUUCCUAAAUAUUUUCUAUAUCUUGUAUUGAUUAUUGGUAUUAAUUAAUUUGGUAAAUAAUUUUGCUAAUGUAAAAUAUUUUAUGUUGUGUUUUUAAAUUAGAUUCUAAAAAUUACAAUGAACAAAUAUUUCUUUUUUGCAAUAGAACACCAUGCGAACUUCGUGAUGAAAUUAACCGCUCAUAGAAUGAUGGCAUAAACUUGUAAGAUGAGAGAUUCGUUUCAUUGUCGAUAAUUACUAAUUUUGACCAAUUACUUUCAAAAUAUUAUCCAUGCAUCUAACUUUUAGUUUAGGAUCAUGUACUAUAUUCAGCCACUUUAAAAUAUUUACCGAAAAAUUAAUUCAUUAUUUUUACUACUAAGAAUUGUUUAAGAAAGCCAUGCGUCGCAGAUUUAUUACGAUUUUUUGGAAAUGUUUCUUGUUAAUAUUAGUAAAUGAACAAAGAUAAAAUAUCUCUAUACGUGUUGUUUAAUUAAUCUUGUAAUUGCUGUUAAUUCUGUAUUGUACCCUAGAAAUUUUUUUAUAAAAUAAAGUUGAUCCGGAUGCAUCACUGAGUUUAUCUUAAUACAAUAGGAUGCUGCGUUAAUUUGCAUAGGUACAAGAAUUUUUCUGGUCUGAAUUGCCCGCACAUGAUUCAAACUUGAUUGAACUGAUUAUUUAUUUAAAUUUUCGAAUAUCCUAACGCACCAGUAUGCAUGGCGAUUUUGUUUUACCAUAUGUUAUGUGAUUCAAAAUAAUUUCAAAUUUUUGUGUGGCGUGUAAAUUAUUUUAAAUAUUGUAGAUGUGUAUGCUGUAUAUUUCGUGCGUUUUUUGUAUAAAAAGAAAUCUAGUUUACUCGUGCAUGCAUGUGAAUUUUAUUAUUUGAUUUUAAUCAUGUUUUUGUUAGCGUCUCGAACAUUGAAUUUUUGUUUGAAACUCUUUGAAAACGGGAUAGUUGUAUUGCAUCCUGUUUUCGUGCGUAUGAAGUGGCGUAUAACUCUAUUUGCCACACAUGAAGUUAAUUUUCAAAUAUUUGUAAGAGUUCGUAAUUGCUCAAUAAAACUCAGUGUUAAUUA